AUGUUGGUUCAAAGAAUAAUGUUGAUACCAUUUGUUUAUCACAUCUUAUUUUUCACUGUUGUUACCGCAGCUAGGGUCACGGAGAAGUUCGGGUUUGGAUUGGACCGUUUACGUUCUCAAGAUACAAAGACAUCACCAAAACCACUUACCCCUGCCGAACAACCACUCCAAUUCCCCCAAUGGCUUGAAGCGUUCACCGGACUUAAAUCCUGGCCAGGAAACGAACCACCAUAUAUUCCCCUUGAUUUCAUCGACUUUAGUCAGGUGCCCCAAAUACCCGCGCAUAAUCAAGGACAAUGUCAAGGAUUGGUGAAUGCGUGUUCCUUUGACUGUUUUAAUUGUAUCAGUUAUGACGAUGUCUACACAUGUCCUCGGUUAUCUCAAACGUUUGACGACGGCCCCACGCCACAAACCAUCAAAUUGGUCCUGGACGGUGGUCUUAAGGACAAACUGACUUUCUUUACUCUCGGAGUGAACGUAGUGCGGUAUCCUCAUAUCUAUAGAGAAGUUGUAAGACACGGUCAUGUCAUGGGGAGUCAUACUUGGUCUCACAAGUACUUACCAUCUUUACUGAAUGAACAAAUAGUUGCCCAAUUAGAAUGGUCUAUUUGGGCCAUGAAUGCAACUGCAGGUCAUCUUCCUAAAUGGUUCAGACCUCCUUAUGGAGGGGUUGAUGAUCGAGUAAGAGCUAUUGUUCGUCAGUUUGGUAUGCAGCUGGUUCUUUGGAACAUGGAUACUUUUGAUUGGAAACUAUUUGAUAACCUGAGAACCGAACAGGAAAUCUUAGGCGAUAUCGAUAAGUAUACCUUGUCCAAUCAGGGUCUGGGAUUGGUCUUGGAACAUGAUACCACCUUAGCCACUGUUAAUUUGGCGAUUAAUAUUCAGAAGAAAUUGCCUAAACAGAUGACGGUCCCCCAAUGUGUUGGGGGCAUUGAUUAUAUCAAAUUAUUCAAGGAGUAG